AUGAAGGUGAGUAUUGAGCAUUUUCGACCGGUUAUUUUGAUCGACAAAUGCUCCGCUUGGGAUGAAGACAACUGGAUUAGUGUACACAUUGGAGAGGUGUCACUGCAGUGCCUGAAGCCAUGCCUUAGGUUCCGACUAGCUCCUGAGGGGCCCAUGCGCGAUGACUGCAAGGACAAUCCGAUUUUUGGUGUUGACGCCGGUAUCAUCACACCGGGAUUCAUUCACGUUGGUGAGACCGUCUACGUUCGAUACAAAUCCGCUUAUCUGAAGCCGACGCCCUUCUACAUGUCGUAG